AUAUCGCCUUCUAGCCAGUUUGACACUGGUCCAGUCAGACUGAAGGCAGGUUGAUUACUGGGAACCACCGGCUAGGUUAGACAAUGAUGAGGCGGUGAGGUACUGUUAAUGAAAGUGUGAUUAGCGUGUAUCCUGUCAGAUUAAUUAAUAUUUCACGACUUCUUGUGCAAAAAUGACGACGACCACGACAUUUCAAGGGAUGGAGCCCGGUGCUAAAAGCAGUUCAAGGGUUUUGCGCCCUCCUGGCGGCGGCUCCAACAUUUCACUUGGUGCAGAUGAGGAGAAACCUCCCGUCCGGAAAAACAAGAUGGCCUCCAGUGUUUUUGCUGAGCCGGAGGACCCCUAUGCUAAUCGAAGGAACAAUCCACCAGGUGGGAAGCCCACAGGUGUGCUGUGUGGUGAGCCGUCAGCCCCCCUUAGGAGAGGAGGGAACCACACCAUCAACCACUCAGCAGACGCCCCCGCCACAGAAGGAGAAAAUCCUGUAUGUGAUCAUGAAAACAGCGUGGCUGAGCCUGAGCCUGUUCCCGAGCAGCAGGAGGAGGCCCCUCCAGCUGAGGAGCCUGCUGCAGGAGUACCGUCCGGCCGCCGGAAUCCUCCAGGGGGCAAAUCCAGCCUCAUCCUGGGUUGAAUCCCAACCAGUUGCCCCUCUUUACCUCCACUCAUCUCUGAACUCAUCUUUUUUUCCUUCCUUUUUUUUUUUUUUUUUUUUUUCCUUCAACCAAGGAUCCCUGGCCCAUUUGUCUGUACCACAGGAAUCCUGAUGUCUAACAGACACCAGUCUCCUCCACAUCCCUAAGUGCAUUGUUUUGAUACCUCUUUUGGAAACCGUUUUGUACUGUUUUUAUUGUUUGUUUAUUUUGACAGAAGCACUUUAUGUAUUUCUAUGUAUACGGUUCAAAGUCUGCCUUUGCCCCUGUAAUGCAUUUGACCUAUCAGAAAGGGUACAAGGAUCACAUAUCUCAUAUCAACCAAUGGUGAAUUCCCCCUAACGUUUUUGCAACAGCACAAGCUGUACUGCUGUAAAUGAUUUUACAAGCAGUCUCUAGAACACAAGCAAAGAAAAAAGCUGUCACUUUUGCACUGUGUUCAGUUUUGACCCAUCGUGCAUGCACAUCUGGUCUGUAAUGUAUGAAUGUGAGAAGAAACAUAACUGUGAAGUUUUUUUUGUUUAUAAUUCAACCUGUUUGUUAGUUAUUUUUCUUUCUUUGUGGAAUAAUUGUUGUAUUGUUGUUGCAUGAAGUUGGAUUCUUUCUACUGAUUAUAGUAUUAUUAUCCACCUAGGAGCCACAUAAAUUUACUGUCAUUGUGAUCUGAGGGAUGCAAACAUUUGUCUUCAGAUGAGUACUGUAGGUCCCAUGCCAGGUAACAGAAUUGGAAUAAGCCUUUUUUAUAUAGUAGUCACUAACCUUAGAAUCUUGUAAUCCCAGUGCCGGUUUUGAGUGCCCCAUGUUUUUAUAGGUAAAAUUUACUCUAAAAUAAAGUGUGCCUGUUUGUGUGUUAGGCUACAACAUCAAACAAGGUUGGGUUUCCCCGUAUUGGAAUACUACUAGUAUCACCAUGACCUAACCAUUUCCCAUUGCUAGUCAAUGGAAUGUUGUUGGUCCUGACACUUCAGUGUUUCUGGUAAACCCAUCCUAGAUUUGACAAGUGACCUUAUGACAGCUCAGCCUUUUUUUUCCCCUUCUAUGUUUUACCCCCUUAUACAUUUGUUAAAGACCCUGCUCACUGGAAAUAUACAAGUCUUUUUUGUAGGUUUCAUGUCACAUUAUUCAAACCAAAAUUCACCUUCCUGCUUCUGUCUUGUUGAGUCACGUGCGUGACCGCUGUGUCAGCCAGCUGCCGCGCUGAAAAACCUACAUGUCAAGUACAUGAAAUGUUUUUCCCUGUGGUGUCUAUUUUUAACAUGUUAUGAUGCAAGACAUGUCUGUUUGCAUCCUAUACCAAUUCCUGUUGCUUGAUGUAAGUCACUGCAGAAAUUUGAAUUAAUGAAAUGGCACAAGUGGAAAUGAACAUUAAAAAUCAAUCUUGGUCAUGUGCUGUA